AUGGCUGCGCUUUUACCGCAACCGCACGCUGAAGAUGUCGACGGACAACUAGCGGUACUGCCUGAUGUCCCAGCAACGACGGAGGAUGUGAGGAUCGAGGAUAUCCAAUUGUGCGGAUCCGACGAUCAGACGACUGAAGAGAUCGACCGACUCCGCCAGCGGAUCUGGAAGUUCAGACAUCUCCUGAUCGGCAAAGGAAAUCAUCGGCCCGAGGGGUUGUGUGUGAUAUUGAUGUGGAAGGAGCUCGGCCGAUCGCGCUCGCUCAAGUGUCGAAAGCUGCGGAUCCAGUUCCGAAAGAAAUUGGCAGAGUUGAUCAAGGGUCUCCUGUCAGCUAAGAUGAUCAACAACUCAAGAUCUCCAUGGGCAUCGCCGAUCGUCGUGAUCAUCAAGAAGAAUGAUGUGGAUAUACGAUUGUGCAUCGAUUAUCGGUUGGUUAACAGUCUUACACAGCUGAUGGUUUACCCGAUGCCGCUAAUCAAUGAUCUACUGGAGGAUCUCGAGUCUACACUAUGGUAUUGUUCAUUGGAUAUAGCGAGUGGAUUCUGGGUGGUGAAGAUGACGGAUCGGGCCCGCCUGAUCUCGGCCUUUAUUACCCCAUUUGGGCUUUUCGAGUGGAAUUGGAUGCCUUUUGGGCUGAAGAAUGCACCGCAGAUCUACCAGCGAAUGAUCGACAAUGCUCUGUAUGGGUUCACUCGGAUCCCGAAAAUGGAAGGUGAUUUGAAACGAUUAGAUGUAUUCGAAGCUGGAGAACCUGAGGAUCCG